AUGGUCCGUAUCUCGAUUCCAAAACUCCCAGACCGGCCUCCACUUCCGCCAGGUCCGCUUACCCGCAUGCCCGUCGCCGAGGCGGGGCGGUGGGUUGCGGGCUUCCUUCGCGGCGACAAGGACACAGAAGCUAGCCGCGCUGGUCUGAGGGAAGGCGCACAGCCUCCAGAACGGAAGGGCGCGGAGGGCACGUUGAUCGUUACGGGGGCGGGUGUCAGCGUCGACUCUGGCAUUCGCGCCUAUCGAGGGAAGGAAGGCGCAUACAUGAACCCGAACUACCACUUUAAUUGCUCCGAGAAGCUGACACCAGCCCCAUCUUCUAUGGCGAGCUUGUCGAGGACUCACCACGCGGCGAACUGUUCCGGAAACGAUGUGAGUGGGGUUGCUACUAGCUCUUUCGACCUCUCCCACGAGCUGACUCCAGACUGGGCCCGCUCUUUCCUUGGCUAUCCUCCUGUCAAAGCUGCUCAGCCGAAUCCGCUGCACAUCUACCUUGCCUCGCUUCAGGCGCUGGGGCUGAGCCACGGGCUGCUGACGCAGAACGUUGACAAUCUUCACCGCAAGGCGCUGUUGCGACUACAGGCCGUCUUCGGUGAACACGGCGCACGUGCGUCGGCCUCGAGGAUUCUCGAGCUGCACGGCACGCUCGCGAAGGUACACUGUCUGCAGAACGGCCAUGAGGGCACACGAGACGAGUGGCAAAAGAUGCUCGGAGAUCUGAAUCCGAUUUGGGACCAGGAGGCGCGAGACAUGGUGGCCGAAGGAAGAAUGCCCCGCACGAACCCGGACGGAGAUGUUGAGCUCCCCGGAGCCGACUAUGCGAGCUUUGUGGUGCCGCCGUGCUCUCAGUGCGCCGCUGUCGGGCAGGAGGGCGUCGUCAAGCCGAACGUCAUCUUCUUCGGCGAGACGCUCCCGUCCUACGUCAAGGAGGAAUCCUUCCAACUCAUUGACGCUGCAUCGCGUCUCCUCGUUCUCGGCUCGACACUCGCGACAUACUCCGCCUUCCGCCUCAUCAAGCGAGCAUACGAAGCGGGCAAGCCUGUUCUGCUCAUCUCACAGGGCCCGUCGCGUGCAGAUGAGCUCGACAUCUUCCGUAUGGACCGCGUGGCGGGUCCGGUCAUGCGGGCCGCGCUCGAGAAUCUCCUGAGCGGCCGAAACGACCCUGCGGCCCGCGCCGUGCGCGAUGUUUGGGACUCGGGCGUCAUUACUGCUCCGGGUGCUCAGCUGCCCCAGCUGCCCCAGCUGCCCCGUCUCGAGGAGCCGGCGGCGCAGAGGUCGGCUCUUGCUUAA